CCGGUCCAGUCCGAGAAGAAGUGAUCGGGCUUCGGCCUCAGGUGCUUCUCUGAGGCGGAGCGACGCGGAGGUCCAGGUGUUGUGGAGGCAUGGACUGUAACUGCGUCAGUGAUCUGCUGCUCCCCCCGGUGCCCACCCUCUGGACGCCAGGCAUUGCCUUCCCAGACUGGGCCUACAAGCCCGAGUCGAGCCCCGGCUCCAGACAGAUCCAGCUGUGGCACUUCAUCCUGGAGCUGCUUCAGAAGGAGGAGUAUCAGGGGGUGAUCGCCUGGCAGGGAGACUACGGAGAGUUUGUCAUCAAGGACCCAGACGAGGUGGCCCGGCUGUGGGGGAUAAGGAAAUGCAAACCUCACAUGAACUACGACAAGCUGAGCAGGGCGCUGAGGUACUACUACAACAAGCGCAUUUUGCACAAAACCAAAGGGAAACGUUUCACCUACAAGUUUAACUUCAGUAAAGUGGUGCUGGUGAACUACCCCCUCCUGGACAUGGCCAACUCUCCCUUCUUGUUGGCCCAGAACCACUUCAACGGGGGCUCCACAGCGCCCGACUGCAGCCCAGAGGCCCUACAGUCCCUGUUUCCUCGUUUGCCAGACUCAGGCAGAGGGACUUCCUUGUUUGAUCGAGGAACCACGGCACCAGGGCCAGAGGGAGACAAGCUGAGGCUGGACACAUUCCCCUUCCUCAGUUCAGGUGCCCCGUGCUACUCGAAGCCCCCGUCCCUCUUGGGCCCUUACCCUCGCAAUCCACCCUUUGACUACCCCUGGGGCUUUAACCCCUACCUCCCAGGGGCCUUCUCCCUCAAUAACUGCCCCAAAUUGCCCCCUGGCUCCCUCUACCCCUCCCACUUUUACCCCAACCCCUUGCAGAGCAGCCUCUCCCAGCUGCCUCACCCCUUCUCAUCCUUGCUGCCCCCAGGGGAGGCAGGAGGGGGUGAGAGGGGAGCGGCAGGACAAACCGGAGGGACAAAUGGCACGGCGGGUGGCCAGCCAGCCCGAAUCUGCCUCCCACCCUACCCAGGGAGCAUGGCGCUAGGCCGGACGGACAUUGGUGCUUCGGUGGGGGAAAGGGAGCGGGUGGAGACCAAUCCUCCCAGCACGGGGUUGAGUAUGGGGCUGGGGCUGGGGCUGGGGCUAGGGCUGGGGAGUGUGAGCCUGGCAGCCGGGACAGGGACAGGCCAGCAGAGCCCCUCGGAGCGGAGAGGAGGGGUGAAACAAGACCCAGAGUCGGACUCGGACCUGGAGAUCACGGAUCUGAGCGACUGCAGUUCAGAGAAUGAGAACGAGCAUGAAUUUGGCAUCGGCAAAGAAUCCAGGCUGGCGAACCGAUCGCAGAUCCUGUCGGAUGGAAAGAAAGGGGGAGUGCUGCCACCCCUCUCCUCCUCCCUCCCCCCUCCAGUGUCCCCGCAUCCUCUGAAGAGCCUGAUGCCCAUCACUCCUCCGCCUCCGUCCCUUCCUCCGUCCCUCUCCCCUUCCAUGGGUCUGCAUGAAAGACACAGGGAGACAGAGACUCUCAAAAUGAUUCACAGCUAA